AUGCCACCUACAGAAGCCAAGAUAAAGUCCAAGUGUGCUCUGACGUUCUUCGCCUGUGCCAACGGGAUACACUGUAUCAUCGGGCGGUUCCGUUGCAAUGGCUUCAGCGACUGUCCUGACGGGAGCGACGAGAAGAAAUGCACAGGUAACCCUCUGGUGUGCCUGGAGGCCCGCUUCAAGUGUCGUAACGGGCGCUGUGUGGACCGCAGUUUCCUGUGUAACGGACAGGACAACUGUCAGGACAACAGUGACGAGGAACACUGUCUCACUACCGCAGAAGCUCCAGGCCAGGACUUUGUAACCCUGGACUACCGCAACUACCCCAGCAUCACCUACGCAGUAAUCGGCAGCGCUGUCAUCUUUGUCCUGGUGGUGGCGCUGUUGGCCUUGGUUCUGCACCACCAGAGGAAGCGCAGCGUGCUGCUGCCCCGGGAGGUCCGGUCCUCCUACCACCACCACCACCAUCAGCCCCUGCUGCUAUCCCGCGUGGUCAUCCUAGACCGGGGACACAUCCACCCAGCUGGCCCUGGCCUCUCCCCCACCUCCCGGUCUGCAGAAGCCCAGUUCAGUGCAGGUCCACAGGGGCUACAGAUGCUGUCUAGGACCCUCUACCCUGCUGACAUGUCCAUGGACACGCCACCCUCCUACUCCCAGGCCGUGCUGGAUGUCAGCCGGCCUCCCUGGUUCGACCUUCCCCCGCCUCCCUACCUCCCAGACGGGGAGCUGCCGUCAGAAGGAGAGCUGCCCCAGUACGAAGUUCCCACAGAGCCCUCCACUCAGCCCAGCACACGUCUCUCUGAGCCCCCCACAUCCAGAACUGUGGCCCCCAGCUUGUCCUGGCCUAGCUUCAGCUCCAGAGAAGAGUGGGACUAGCUGUAGUCCUCCUCUGAUGACUGCAUGUACAUAGGACUACAAUACCCAGCCUCAGGGCUGUGGAAGGCUGAAGAGAGAGGAGCUGUUCAAUUUGGGAAGACCCAAUGGAUUGUCCUGCCUAAUGUGAGAAUGAGAGACAAGGCUCUAGUCUACCGAUAACUACAACUGACUAAGGCACUUGGAAUUAUUGCUAUUAUAUGCUGGCACCCUCUGCUGGAGAUUUAUCUACAUAUCCCCUGACUGGGUUGCUCACUUAUUCAAUCAAUCAAUCAUCAGUCAAUUGCAUUUCAUCUGUGGCUAUAUAGUGCUUGUUAUAAAUGAAUUUCUCAGUGUGCUUAACAACUUCAAGGGUCUAAACUUCUGAAGACAAAAUAAAAACUACCACAGCCUCCCAACACUAUGCAUCUCCUGUUGGACUGGUGAAGACCCUGGUUGGUGCGAGAUCCCGUAGCUUGGUUGUGUUGACUAGAUGGAUGGUCAACCUUUAUAGUACAGUCAUGCAUUAACAAUGUAGUAGAACUCACAGUAACUAACAUUGUUUGUGGUACUCAUAAAGGGUCAAAUGUCACAUGGUGUUACAGUAGCAGAUGUAUAUGCUGUGCAAACAUAGUGAAAGAGAUACAGGGUCAGAUCUGUAAUGUUACAAUUUAGCACAUUAGGACAACCAGCUAGCCACAGAAACAUGUGGGUAGUGGACACAUGGAUAUGGGGCAGGUUUUCCUCCCAUCCAUAUUGCAUAAUGCUGGUUCUCUUCAAUCUUCAAUGUUCUCAUUGGCCAUCUCUUUCAUUUCAUAGGGAGAACUGUAUUUCUCUGUCAUAGAGCACUUAUGAUGGCUGGGUUUACAAGUAAUUCAUGUUUUGCCAUGAACUCAAAUGGAAGUAUUAUUUGAGGAAGAUAACGUUUGGAUAAAAAAUACUCCUACUAAAGUCCCAAAGCAAGUUCGUUUUCAGGGUAUCUGGACCUUUUCAAAGCACUCAAAUAUAAGUUUAACGACUGUCUACUGUCCCACUCGGGGUCUAGUUUGACAGAAGUUUAUUGAGGUCAUGUUCUACUGCCCAUGAGGACACUCCAUAUUGGUUUGUUUUGAUAUUAUAUCUGUCCAGACUCUUUGGCAGAGGAGAAGAAUGUUCAGAUUGAACUUCUCGUCUGACUAGUGUUAUCAUGUGUAUUAAUGUUACACUCUGCUGCCUGAGAGCACAAGACAAACAUUUUGGCAGGGAAGAUAAAAAUAAAUUUAAGGAUUCAUUUUCAUUAGUGCAUAAAGAGGAAGUGUAGAAAUACAUCAGUAGUAACUUUAUUGGCAGGAAAACAAAUGACGAGAACAUCCCCACAGCUAGAAUAUCUAACCAUAGAGAAUACAUCAUAAAGUGCUUCUCCUAUGACUGGAGCAAAGACCCUUCCACUUGGUACCUUGGAACACAAAUGGGUAGAUUGAAAUAAGCAUUUGGGAUCCUCAAGUUAAAAACAUCAUUCAAGUCAGUAACUAAUUACAGAAGCUGUUCAAUUGGCUCUUAUGUAGUCACUGAACAAAAAGAUCAGCCAUUUUCUCCUUGGUUCCAUAAUUAUGUGUUACUGACUGCACCAUGUACCACCUGCCUCCAUGUUUUUCCUGACAAACUGAAAUUGUUGAUAGUCACAUAAAUGGUUGGUCAUAGUAUUGGUGUAUUUCAAUCAAUGCGAUAUGUCAAUCAGAAAAUGUAUUUUUUGCUCCAUGAAUUACAUUCAGAUACAUUCAUUAUAUACAGUUUUGACUCCAUACAUAUUAACAUGUUAACCCUUUGUAGUGCUUAUUUAAACAGAAUUGUAUGAGAUCAAUGUCCUUACUGGGUUGUUGAGGCAAAUCAAAUUAAAUCACAUUUUAUUUGUCACAUGCGCCUUACCAUGAAAUGUUUACUGACAAGCCCUUAACCAACAAUGCAGUUUUAAGAAAAAUAAGAGUUAAGGAAAUAUUUACUAAAAUAAACAUGUGUAAAUAAAGUUAGACAAGCAUUUUUGUAUGGAGCUCUAGAAGUGACUGAUUUACCUACAGUGCCUUGGUUCAAAUGUCUCUCUUACUGUAUUUCUUUGAUUCAUACUCAAUCACUUACUGAUAGGAUUCCAACUGACUCAUAGGAUCCCAAAUUCUCUAACUGCCAUUCCUAUUAUGCAGAUUAUUUUCUGAAUUUGCACCAUAGCUAUCUGACCGAUUCAAUUGACACCCAAUAAUGUUCACCCAAUAAUGUUUGUUUGGAUAAAGAAGAAAAUGACACUUUUUUUUCUAUAAGUGUCCCAAUUCAUGUAUGUUUAUAAAUGUGUAAGUUGCAUAACAGAUGUCUCGGCUGUACAGAUGAUGUGAGAGAGAAGACUGUCAUUGUCUCUCUGUCUCUGUCUGUCCACCCGCCCGCCCGCCCAGUAACUAGUAUUAUUCAUUGACUGACUGGUGAAACGCCUAUCUGAAGGAUCUGUGCAUAUGUAUUGUGGUUGUCGUGUCAUUUAAUUUCAGAACUUGUCAAGGGUUUCAUGUGACCAUGUAUGAGAGAGAGAGAGAGAGAGAUUUAUUUAAAAGCAGCAUAUUUAGACUUUAAACUAAUAUAAUGUUUAACUAUGAAACGUGUUACUUUGGAUGGUACCCCUGUCUUUUGUCCAUAUCCCCAGCAGUCAUCAGGCUGGUGGCAUUAUUAAACAACCUGGAAACCAAAGAUUUUCACUCAUCAUCCCCAUAAAACCCAGAAGAUAAGCCUUACUCUCCAAAGUCAUAUCCAAAAACAGUUUUGUGCCUCGUUUUGUUUCAGAUACCUAGCUGACUAGAGAAUGAAGAGUAGUAUUACUCUUAUACAAAGGGGGAAAUCCUGCUCAUCACUAGAUAACUGGAGAAUGAUACUCAGUCUCAGGAUGAAUCUGCUCACAGCUGGGUUUUAUUCACGAGGAACCAUCAGAAGCAAACAGGCUGAAACGGGGAUGACUACCUGAAAUUGUCCAAUAAAGUGUUUAUUUUCCGUUGCAAAACGUUUUGCACUAAUGAAUAAAGCCCUGGUCUGUUGCGUUUCAGUUACAACACACUGUUACACUUUUCACGUCACUAUAUCCGUUUGGUUUGUGACAGUGAUUACUGACUUGUUGUUCCAUCCUGUUGGAGACUUGUUUCGUGUUUGUAUCAUUUAUGACACCACCUUUUUGUUUCUAAUGAAAUAUAUU